AUGUCACCACACUCCUCUAGCAAUACUGUAGCAAAUCUUUCCAAGUCAGAGACGAUGGAAGUAACUUUCCGCCAGAUCUGCAAAAGUAUCAAAGGCGGCUUUGACAAGGACGAUAUCGAUAUGGCUAUGAAUAUUUUGAAAAGCCCCUACUAUACAGAAUUCGAUCUUUCUGAUUUCGAACAAAUAUAUAUGAUAAUUGACAAGCAGCAAGAAGAAGCAGUUCCCCAAAGACUAAGAAAUGCCUACCGUUUCAUUCGUGUCAUUGGUGUAAUUAUGGACAUUAAGGACAAGAUACGACAAGGUCAUGAACCAGAUAAUUGGUUCGGCUCAAAGUCGUUUGCUGCUAAUGAGCAUAUAUUCGAAGGUGAACCUGACAAACCGGUAAAUCUCGAUGAGGUCUACAACACGCUGGUACAGACCGGACCCAGAGAUAAGGAUGAAUUUUUCGAAAACUUCAUGGCUAUGGUCCUUGUCAAUCGCACCAGUGUUGAAAAAAUUCCGGAAACGUAUCAGAACGAUCAGCAGAAGAAAAUCAAAGAAUUCAUGUGA